AUGGGUAGCAUCAGAGAAACUGAGGAGAAGGCUCGCUAUGUACAAAGAUCUGUCGUCAAGACAGAAAAGAACAUGCAUGAGUUGCGAUCGUGCUUGCAAGGCUAUCUUAGAAAUCAAGAACGUCUUCGCCGCAAGUCUCUCAAGCUCGCAACCGUAUUGAAAGGAUACUCUGAAUGCGAGGAGAAGAAUCUGAAGGGAGUCUUGGCCAACGUGUCCCAAAAGUUGGCUGAAUUGCAACAAUUUCGUGACAUGGCUGAUGUUAGAGUCGAUUGCUUGUCUGCUGAGCCCUUGAAGCUAUACUCAAUGAUUUGCUCCAAUCUCAAGGGUCAAAUACGGCUUCGAGAGUCAGCUAUUGAGAAAGAACAACGAAAGCAAAUUCAGUUAGAUAAGGUCAUGAUCAAGGAAUCAGGCAAUCGUACCAAAGUGUCUCAGUCUCAACUAGAAUUAGCUGGUGCAACCAACGACGUCCAGUUAGCUACUGCAGCCUUGCUGACAGAUAUUAGAAGAUUCGAAGAAACCAAGAGAACCGACAUGCGUAUCGUUCUUGGAGAGUUCUUAUUCACGGAGAUCAGCUACCAUGCCAAGGCCAUCGAGCUGUUAACUGAGGCACACAACAAUCUUCAUUCAACGCCAUUAGAAGAAGAUUUACAAGAUCUCCAAUUCGUUUGGGGACAUUCACCAACUACUCCAACUACACCAUAUUCAGCACUCCCGUCACCUUAA